CGUAGACCACAUCCAAAGCAUCGAUGUGCGUCUAGAUACUUCUUCUUGUUUGGCGCACUAAUAAACGCUUCAUGGUUCGAGAAGCGAACCAAAACAUCGCCAUUCAAUGGCCGAGCCGAUGGAGAUAGAUGCGGAGUCUCUAAGGGGUACGAAGAGGAAGGCUGGCGAGCUUUCGGCUGGUGUCACAGCACCAAGACGUAUAAAAGCUCUUGAUCCGGAUGUGGUCAACAAGAUUGCGGCAGGCGAGAUCAUCGUCGCUCCCGUUCAUGCUCUCAAGGAGCUCAUAGAGAAUUCCGUGGAUGCUGGUUCAACGAUUCUUGAAGUUCUUGUCAAAGAAGGAGGAUUGAAACUUCUUCAGAUUACAGACAACGGUCAUGGAAUAAAUAAAGAAGAUCUUCCGAUAUUAUGUGAGCGUUUCACAACAUCUAAGCUCAAAGACUUCAAGGACUUGGAAUCGAUCGGAACUUAUGGAUUCCGUGGAGAAGCCUUGGCUAGUAUAAGUCAUAUCGCCCACCUCACUGUCACGACUAAGACCAAAAACUCAACCUGCGCCUGGAAAGCUCUGUACGAUAGUGGACGUCUCAAGCCAGCCAAACCAGGCCAGAGUGCGGACCCGAAACCCACAGCAGGUCGACAAGGAACUCAAAUCACUGUGGAGGAUCUGUUCUAUAAUGUUCCUACUCGACGACGCGCUUUCCGAUCUGCAUCCGAAGAAUACAACAAGAUUCUUGAAGUGGUUGGAAAGUACGCUGUUCAUUGCGAUGGAGUUGCAUUCAGCUGCAAGAAGUAUGGCGAAGCUAGCACCACCAUCUCAACGCAAUCCAAUUCCUCCACGGUUGAUCGAAUUCGCCAGAUCCAUGGAACAUCUGUAGCGAACGAGCUUAUUGAGUUCACAUCUUCGAGCGAGAAGUAUGGCUAUCGUGCGCGAGGUUGGACAACAAACGCAAAUUAUCAUGUCAAAAGGACUACACUACUUCUCUUCAUCAAUAACAGAUCCGUCGACUCGAAUAACAUCCGGAAGGGGAUUGAACAGACGUACUCAACCUUCUUACCCAAAGGUGGCCAUCCAUGGACAUAUCUCAGUCUGGAGAUUGAUCCUCACAGAGUCGAUGUCAAUGUCCACCCUACCAAGCGAGAAGUCAACUUUCUGAAUGAGGACGAAAUCAUUGAAAUGAUUUGCACUGACAUCCGGACGAAGCUGGCCGAUGUAGACACAAGUCGAACGUUCAUGACACAAACACUGCUUCCUGGAGCCAGAGUACCACAACCAACCACUGGCAACGAUGAUUCUCGAGCUCCUACCCCCACAGGAGCGACACCAAAGUCAAGACCCUACGAGAACAAUUUAGUCCGCACUGAUGCCAAACUCCGGAAGAUUACAAGCAUGCUACCUCCCAGUACAGCAAGAACAAUUUCUGAGACACCAGGACCACCCGAAGCUGGAACAAACGACAUGGAGUACGAACAGUCAGACCGCGAACCAGUAACCUGUCGCCUCAUGACGGUAAAAGAUCUUCGAACCGAAGUACGCGAUGACAUGCACAACGAGCUGACCGAGAUUUUCGCUGGGCACACCUUCGUCGGUGUAGUUGAUGAGCGUCGACGUCUUGCCGCCAUCCAAGGCGGAGUAAAGCUCUUCCUCGUUGACUAUGGCAUGGUCUGCAACGAAUACUUCUACCAAGUCGGCCUCACAGACUUCGGAAAUUUGGGGGUAAUCCGCUUCAACCCACCCCUUGACAUCAAGGAACUCCUCGCCAUGGCCGCCGAGUACGAAAAGGAGAGUUCGCCGCCAGCUAGCGAAGAAGACGACUUCGAAAUCGAAGAAGUAGUCGAGUUAGUCUCAGCCCAACUCAUUGAUCGUCGCGAAAUGCUACUAGAAUACUUCUCUUUCGAGAUCUCAGAAGAAGGACAACUAAUCAGUAUUCCCCUAUUACUCAAAGGCUACCUACCCAGUCUCGCCAAACUCCCACGCUUCCUGCUCCGGCUGGGACCACACGUAAACUGGACAUCCGAAAAGGAAUGUUUCGAGACAUUGCUCCGCGAACUAGCCUCUUACUACGUCCCCGAGCAACUUCCACCAUCACCCGGACCAGAGGGACUAGACGACGAACUCAAGGCAAGAAGAGAAGAAAUCGUCAAAGCCGUUGAACAUAUCCUGUUCCCAGCCUUCCGAGCACGAUUGAUCGCCACGAGACCCCUGGCCAAAGGCGCCGUUGUAGAAAUAGCCAACUUGAAAGGGUUGUACAGGGUGUUUGAGCGUUGCUAGAUGUAUCUAAUCAUCGUUGCUACUGUGGGUUACAGGCAUUGCACAUAUGGGCGGCGGUAACAAUCUUUUACAAGAGCAUAGCAUGCAUCAUACAGUCUGGCGUCUUGGCUCAUAUCUUAGAAGCAUUUGCUCAAUGUAGACAUAGUAUGAAAUG